GCAACAGCAGCAACCCCAUCAUCAACAACAACAACGAAAAACCCCACAGCAAUAUAAUCAAGUACAACAGCAACAACAGCAAGUACGCCGCAAAUAUUCGUCAGAAUAUAAUCAUCAUCAUCAUCAGCAUCAUAAUCAACAGCAGCAACAGCAGCAGCAGCAGCAGCAACAUCAUCAAAGUAGCAGCUCCUCCAGCAACGAUACUGGCAUACAGACUACCAAAAGCAUGUCAUGGACCAAUUCAUCACAGCACAAAAAGUCAACACAAUCUGUGGCUGUCACUGCCUCACCAAAUACUGUGAACAAUGCUGCUGCAACAACCACCGGCAAUAAGUCUGGCUAUAGUCAUCCCACUAAAACAUAUACCAAUCAGCAACAUUAUCAACAGCAGCAGCAACAGCAGCAGCAACAUUAUCACAAUUACAAUAGUAGCAACAACAAUAACAAUAAUAAUAAUAAUUCAAGCAAUCAGCAACAACAGCCACAAAUGCGAACCUAUGGCACCAUGAAAGUGCCUUCAUCACCAGUGGCCAGUUCAGCGCCAACAUUAGAGCGUAAAAUUAGUCAACAGAGUGCAGCAAAUACCACAGUAGCAGCCACAACAAUUAUACAACAACAACCAGCUAGCGGAACAAGUGCAACAGCAGCAACAACUACCUCAACGGCCAGCAUAACAGCGGCCCCCAAUCAAUUUCCACAAGAGACAGCAACACCUGCUGCCGCCCAUCAUACAAAAUCCACAUACAGUAGCAGCAGCAGCACCAGCAAUUAUACAGCCAAGCCGAAACACUUGUCCUCAGCUCAUGAGCCAACCGCAACAACGGCAGCAACAUCAUCAUCAGCAGCAGCAGCAGCAGCAGCCGCCGCAACAUCGUCAGCAGCAACCACAUUGAGCUCAACGCAGCCUCAAUUGAAUUUGGCUCCACCGCCAGUACCACAAACAAACCAAAACAAUAAUGCAGAGAGUGCACAACCAUCAUGGGCUAGUCUAUUUGCCAGCAGUAAGAAACCUGUGGCCAAGGUAGCUCCCUAUGAGGCCAACAAACCGCAGCAGCAACAGCAGCCAUUACAGCAACACCAACAACAACACCAGCAACAAUUGCAGCAGCAACAUUCAGUUGCAGCAAGUAAUGCUGCUUCAGUGCCACAGCAACUAGCUCCACCAACUCCACAUCAGCAGCUUCAAUUGCCAUCACCUGUUCCGGCACCAACUACCCCACUUAUUACGCCCGGAACUCUAUCCUAUUCGGCUGCCUCGGCUCAAGCUGUGCCCCCCACAGCCACUGCAACUGCCUCUGCCUCGGUGAAGCCCUUAAAGAGUCAAGAGGGAUUACGUCCGGUUGCCGGCUCCGCCGCUGCUGCUGCUGCUGCCGCCGCAGCUGCUGCUCAACUCGAUGAAUGGACCCACAAAUAUGCCGAUUUUCUUACGCGUCACAAAACCCCCCAACUGGCGCCCAUCAGUCUACGUCCUCGAGGUCUAACAAAUCGCUCGAACUAUUGCUACAUCAACUCUAUACUACAAGCCUUAUUGGGCUGUUCUCCCUUCUACAAUUUGCUGCGUUCGAUACCCAAGCAGGCGGCUGUUCUAAGCGAGGUUAAAACGCCCACAGUGAAUGCCAUGAUGUCCUUUAUGACAAAUUUCACAGCGUUGCCAAGCGGUUUACGUUUACGUUUGAAUAACAAUCUAAAUAACAAUAAGGGAUCCCAAAAUAAGGGCAAAGAUGAAUUUGCUGGCGUUGAUCUGCAAUGUGAUAUGGCCUUUGAGCCCACUGAAAUUUAUAAAUUGUGGAAUGAUAGCCGCGAAGAGCAUGUCGAAGGUCGUCAGGAGGAUGCCGAAGAGUUUCUUGGUUAUGUACUAAACAAGCUUAAUGACGAAAUGCUUGAGGUUAUCAAGCUGAUUGACAAGCCAAAUCCUCAGCAAAAUGGACAGCAAGAACAAGCCGAUGAGCCUGAAGAUGAUGGCGAUGUUUGGCAGAUGAUCUGCAACAAUCGCAACAAGGGCAGCGUGACACGUCAAACUGAUUUUGGUCGUACACCAAUUAGCGAUAUUUUUCGCGGUGAACUGCGUUCCCGUCUGCAACGUGAAGGCGAACACUCCACCGAUGUUAUUCAACCAUUCUUUACUCUGCAAUUAAAUAUUGAAAAAGCCGCUUCGGUUAAAGAAGCCUUAGAGAUCCUUAUUGGACGCGAUCAACUUGAAGGCGUCACCGGUAGCAAGACCAAACAGGAAGUGGUCGCCUGGCAGCAGAUGACUUUGGAAAAACUGCCAAUUGUCUUGAUAUUGCAUUUAAAAUACUUUGAUUAUAGAUCCGAUGGCUGCACAAAAAUACUAAAGAAAGUUGAAUUCCCCGUCGAACUGAAAAUUGAUGCCAAGAUACUUGGCUCAAAAAAGACCGCACAGAAACAACGUGCCUAUCGACUCUUUGCCGUGGUCUAUCAUGAUGGCAAAGAGGCCUCCAAGGGGCAUUAUAUCACAGAUGUAUUCCAUACUGGCUACCAAAGUUGGUUGCGCUAUGAUGAUAGUUCGGUGAAACCGAUUAGCGAGAAACAUGUGCUUCAGCCGCACACACCUCGUGUGCCUUAUCUACUAUACUAUCGUCGUUGCGACACCGUUCAGCAGCAGACGCAACAGCAGCAACACAACCAACAACAGCAACAGACCAGCAAUGGCGGCAGCGGUUCGGGAUCCUCUUCUGCAUCGGGCACAACAUCAGCAGCUAACAACAAAUGAAUAGUUCAACACUCAACAGCAAAGUUGUAAAAUUACCAUAAAAGGAUCUUUAAGUGCGUGUGUGUGUGUUUAUCUUUCUUUUCCUUUAACUAUUUUAA